AGGGAGAGGGGGGAGUUGUUCACUUCUCACACUGAUCUACACCGAUAGCAAAGAGCUUCAGCAAUUAUCUGUCGGCUAAGGUGUUAACACUUACAGUAGGUGCAAGGCAGCCCCCGGGGGUGGGGGGAGUGGUGGAGUCGCCCUUCAUUCCAUUCUCCAGCCUUGCUCGAGUGGCUGAGACGGUGACCGCUGGCUGCCCGGAAGACCGAGUAUUAUUACUUCAGCAAAACUUUUUUGAGCGCUCCGCUCCGUUGCUUUCCCUGACACAGAUCAAUCAACUCCUUCCUGCCUGGUGGCGGUUCUCCAUCCCGACAUUCUAAGGGUUAGACACGCGUUAAGCGAGCGGCCGAUUCGUUUUGUUAGAAUAAGAACCGAUGCACGCCUUUGGGACCGAUCCAGUGCUCGAUUGCUCGUUUGGACAUUAUUUAGAGGUGAGAAACUAAUCGCGUCCCUGAAAUGCCAUUGGGCGAUAUUAUGAGAUUAGACUUGGAGAAAAUCGCCCUGGACUAUAUUGUACCUUGUUUGCGCGAUAUUGGCUUUUGCUACUUGGACAAUUUCUUGGGCGAGAUAAUAGGGGACUGCGUCUUGGAAUGUGUGAAACAGAUGCAUUAUAGAGGGGAGUUGCAGGAUGGGCAACUGGCCGGCCAGCGCCAGGGCAUCUCCAAGAGACACUUGCGAGGAGACCAGAUAAAGUGGAUCGCAGGCACCGAGGAAGGAUGCGAGGCCAUCAACUUUCUCCUGUCGCUGAUAGAUAGGUUGGUGAUGUUUUGUGGCAGUAGAUUGGGAAAAUAUUAUGUCAAGGAAAGGUCCAAGGCUAUGGUAGCUUGCUAUCCUGGGAAUGGAACUGGCUAUGUGCGUCAUGUGGACAAUCCCAAUGGAGAUGGGCGAUGUAUCACCUGCAUUUAUUACCUGAACAAAAACUGGGAUUCAAAGCUUCAUGGGGGGAUUCUACGAAUAUUCCCAGAGGGCAGGUCCUAUGUAGCUGAUGUUGAGCCCAUCUUUGACAGAUUACUUUUUUUCUGGUCAGACCGAAGAAACCCACAUGAAGUGCAGCCUUCCUAUGCAACAAGGUAUGCAAUGACUGUGUGGUAUUUCGAUGCUGAGGAAAGAGCAGAAGCCAAAAAGAAAUUCAAGAAUUUAGUUGAUGCAGGAAAGACAGAAGCAGUUCUCAGUGAAGACUGAAUAACAAAUGACUUGAUACAAUUUUUCUAUAAUGAUAAUUUUUGAACUAUUUGCAAGCAAUAAGAUCCAAAGAUUACAUGGUCUGUUUUUUAUGAUUAUUGGAUAUUCUUCAAUGCACUAUUUUUAACAUUAUCUAAAGUUUUCAUAUUACCAUGAUGGUACUCAUGACAGCUUCCAACUCUUAUAUUUGGCAUAAGCACCCCUCUUCUGUUCUUGCCUUUUAAUUGAAGAAUACCACCAGAAUGAAGAAUAUCACCAAAUCUCAUUAUGAUAUCAAGGUGAAGAUGGCAAUACUAGUAAUAAAAAUACUGAACAUUUGAAACAAUUGGAGGAACUAUAUGCACUUUAGUUACAUUUUCUGGUUUGGUGGAAAGGAACUUUACGAAGGAUCCUCACUGGCAGAUUGCAUAUGAGCAACACAAGCAAGCCAAGAUGCAAACCAGAACUGCACACUUGUCAGAAGCCAAAUUCAAUUGUGUCAGUGCAGACCAUUUGAUGGUGUGUCUCAUCAUUUUGCUUACAGACUUUUAUUGGCUUCUUUGGCCUGGUUCAUUGCCAAAUCGAAGCCUCCCACUUGCCAUAAAAUUGCCUGGAUUUUAUCCACAUUGUUCAAGCCAAGCAACAGCAGUUCUAUCACUUUGCCUUUUAGAGCCCCCAAACAGAAAUGUAGCCGUUGUGCACCUACCCGUAUUGUUCUUAAAAAAUAUUUCCUUUGUGGGGUAGCUCUGGGAAUUAUUUUUAUCAUCUUUUAAAACUGUUUUGCAAAAUAGCUUGCCAGCCUCACCAGCUCCUGCCCAUUACAAACUUUGGGAAAUGUUAAUGGCAAGCUAAGAGCAAGUAUGCCAAGAAAUCAUCUAAUCAAAUUUCAUUUUCAUUUUAAUAGUUUUCAACUGAUCUUCCACUAGUCACAUAUUGCAUGUGACAAAAAUUGAACUCCAGCAAUUGAGUGUAUUGUUAGGAUGGGUUUGAUAACUAACUAGCUGUUGAAGAGACAUAGAAAGCCAUGUCCAGCUGGCUCUUAACUGUUAUACUUGGGAAGCAUUUGCAGUGGCCACUGAAAACGGCACGUAAACUGGCAUUUGGUUGUAGUGUAAAUUUCAUAUCUGUUAUAAAUGGGGCUAAGAUUGUACAACUGAAUUUCAGACCUAAUCACUGUUGUUUUGGAAUGUGUAAGAAAGUGUGCUUUGAACUGUAGACUUACAACUCAGUCUUAAGAUUUGAAAUGCCAGCAAAAUAAAUUACGUGUUAGAUGGGAUAUUCCAGUUGCUAUACAUAUACAGUGUCAUAUAGCAUGACUCUUGGAUGCACUAUGAAAAUAUUUAAGAUAAGAUUCAUAGAUCUGUAUUGUCAGCACGAGGUCAGGAUAUAGGUUACUAUCAUGAUGUAUUGUAUUGAGGUUACAAAUACAGAUAUAAAAUGUGGUCCCAAAUGUCACUUUACUACAGAUAAAUUCAUGCAUCGAAGCCAUGAGUAUUACAGAGAGAAAUUAUGAAGCACAUACUUUCUUCUAAUGGCGCUUUUUCAAAGAAAAGAACCUCUAAUGAAUAAACUUAGCAGUAAAUGCACUUAGACAAAAAAGAAAUUGUUUUCAUCAAAAUAUGCAAUGAAUAAAUGCAAUUAAAUCCUUUGAAGAUAAUUGCUCAUUUCUGUGUAGUCUCUAGCAAUGUUUUGAAUAUUGUGAUGGAGACUCUAUUUGUUCUUCCACGUGUCCAUACUUUCCUCCAGGUUCCAUUUUGAUACUUCCUUUUCAUUCCAAUUAAACUUUUCGGUUCAGUUUUGGCCAUUAUGGCUUUAAAAAGGAUGGCUGAUACAAUAUCUCCUUGUAAUUUUUGGAGGCGUGGAAGUCAUUUCCUCAAAACAUGAGCUACAGAACAAGGCUAAUAUAUUUACAAAUUGUGCAGACAAAGGCCAAAUCCAACUGAAAGUAGUUUUUUCAGCAACACUGUAUAAAGCAAUAUAAUUAACAAAAAUGGAAAUUGUUUACUUCAGGAAACAAGGCUCUCCUGCCUACAUUUGAUGUCUGAAUUUUAAGACACUCUAUGAUGAUUCCUUUUGUUCUUCAAUAUUCCUUUGAAUGUUCCUCUUUGAUCACAUAGUUUUAUACAUGGAGACUUUAUGAUGUGGUUUUCUUGUAUAAAAUAAUUUAUUUCAGGAAAGAACGGUCAGCUUAAAUUUGUGCAAAAUAGACUUAAAAACUAAUUGCUUUCAUUUGUGAUUUCUCCCCUCCCCUUUCUUAUGUAAAAGAGCUCAUAAUUGGAAGGAAAAUUGUGGCUAUAUUAUACAUUUGCAGCAAGAGAAUUUUAUAGACAUCAAAGUGAGAUUUUAUAAACCAAGAGAUGAUAGUAUUUAUUUUUAAAAACAUGAAAGUAUCUGGUAGCAUCUUAAAAGAUUGAUAUGGAUUAUAGCUUAACUCUCCUAGACUACAGUUGACUAUAAUAGAUUUUUGUUCCUUUUUGGCUGCUGCAAACUGAUAGCCAACCAUCUAGAAAUCACUUGAAAGAGUAGAUGGGCGUCAGCCCAAGCAUGCUUGUUUCUAUUCUGUGUCAAAACAUUCAAGUCUCAAGUCUCAGGAACAGAAAAGGAAGUCUGCUCCAAGCCUUCUCAGUACAUCUUUUUGGGAAGGGAACUGUUAGAUCAUGAAGUGGAAGGCAAUCCGAGCAAAAUGUAGAAGGUCAGGAAAAGGGUGAGGUCUACCUUGCCUGCUGCCAAGUCUAUUCAUCCAUAACCUUAAAGGAAUCCAUUAUCAUCUCAAUGAUGCAUCCUUGAAGAAAUAAAGUAAAAUAUAUAGGAAUUACUAGGACUUUAGUACUUCAUUACUAGGAAUAAGUAGGAAUCCAGACUACUAUGUCUGAAAAAUAAAGGUCUGGAAACUUGCAUAGCAUCCUUCAGUCUCCUUUCAUUUGGAGAAAACUUUGAUCCACAAAAGCUUCUUCAAAGGAAAAAAAAACCCCACACCUCAUAACCCCACAUUCUCUUUCAAGAAAUAGGUUUUUACAUGUGACAAAAUAAACCCAUUUAUGAUUUCCUCACGAUUAUUGCAAUCUGACCUUUUUUCUUAUUCACCUAAAUUAAAAAAAAAAUAGUAUUGUUCCUUCCUUGCUGUAGACACACAUAAUGGGGAUUCCUUCAUAGUGACUGCUUAUGUCUUGAAAGAGAAGAAAUUGGGUGACAAUUUCUGUGUAACAUCCUUUGUAAAAGGUAUCGGCUUUUUUUAUAGUUGGGAGGGAAAUCUAUCAAUCAUAGUUGAACCCUUCAACUGCCUAAGCAAUUUAGAACUUGAAAAGCUAGUGCGAUCAUCAAUUGGCUGUGAUUAUAGUGUGGUAGUGAAAUGUUAUUUACCUAUUUUAUUACGAUGUUUCAUUGUGUUUAAUUUAUGCAGAAUGAUUAACUUCCAGAUUAUUGCAAAAACAUUUCUUUUAAAGGUUCUGAGUGCAUUUUCAAUAAGUAGUCUGUUAAGAAAUUGUCAUAAUGGAGCUCUAAUGAAGUUACUAGAUCAACAGGAAAAAUGUUGAUUUGACUAUUUAUAGUUGAAGAGCCAAAGGUACUUUUAUUGCCUUUUUCUUAUCAUGACUCAAGGCAUCUCUUGGCCAUUGGGCUUGAAAAGUGUGCUUGAGCAAAAGUGAAGAGUGAAAUAAUUUCAUUGCAUUUAUAAACUAUGAUGACUAUACAGUUUAGAGUCAUAUCUAGGGCUACUGUUCAAUUCUACAUUUCAUGGAGUGGCAAGAUAAUUCUUUCAAUCUACAAAAAGUCACAUUACACUCAUUAUCAAAUUAUCAGGAUUACAGCUUUCUAGGAUUACUUUAAUAGUCAAUUUAAUUGCAAUCCAAUAAUUAUCACAUCAGACUGAGUUCAAAGUCAUUUUAAAUAAACUAGUAUAGAAAAAAGUUGAGAGGAAAAAGGGUCCAAAAAGAUCAAUUUCACCUUCUUAAUAUGAGGAGUCCAUUCGUAUUUUUAAACCUAACAUAUUUUAUAUUUCCUGUGUUUCCAAUAAGUUGGAACUUAUGG